AUGGAAAAAACCAAAUACCCCAAAGAGACAUUCACCGCAACCCACGAGGUGGACACGGGCGAAAUCAUCGACGACAACCAUGGCCUAAAGCGACACCUCUCAAACCGCAAGGUCCAACUGAUCGCCAUCGGCGGGUCCAUCGGGACAGCCAUGUUCGUCAGCAUCGGCACCUCGCUGAACGGCGGCGGGCCCGGCAGUCUGCUGCUCGCGUACGGGCUGUACUCGUGCGUGCUGGCGCUGGUGAACAACGCCAUGGCCGAGAUGGCCGUCUACAUGCCCGUCAAUGCGAGCUUCAUUCGCCAUGCCGCCGUCUGGGUCGACGAUGCCUGGGGGUUUAUGGCGGGCUGGAAUUUCUUCUUCUAUGAGGCUAUUCUCAUCCCCUUUGAGAUUAGCGCCCUCAAUCUUGUGAUCAAGUAUUGGAGCGACGAUGUCCCCGUCGGCGCUAUCUGCGCGGCUUGCAUUGUUUCCUAUGGUCUUAUCAACGUCGCCGCCGUCCGAUACUACGGCGAAGCCGAGUUCUGGCUGUCCUGGGGAAAGCUGCUCCUCAUGGGAAUUGUCUUCUCCUUCACCUUCGUGACGAUGGUGGGCGGUAAUCCGACCCACGACGUCUAUGGAUUCCGAUACUGGAAUAACCCGGGCGCAUUCGCCGUGUCCAUCACAACAGGAUCAAUGGGCCGCUUCGAAGGCUUCCUGAAAGCCCUCUGGGGCGCAAGCUUCGCCCUCGUCGGCCCAGAGUACAUGGCCAUGGUCGCCGGCGAGACCAAACUACCACGGGUCACGCUGAAGCGCGCCUUCAAGUCCGUGUACAUCCGCUUCGGAGUAUUCUUCAUCGGCGGCGCGCUGUGCACGGGAAUCGUCAUCCCCUACAAUGACAAGACCUUGCUGAAGAACCUCGGCACCAGCACCGGUGCCGCCUCGCCCUAUGUCAUUGCCAUGCAGAACAUGGGUGUUGCCGGGCUGCCGUCUCUGGUUAAUGCCUUGUUGCUGACGAGUAUCUACUCCGCGGGUAAUGCGUACUGCUACUGCGCGACGCGCACGCUGCAUGGUCUUGCGCAUGACGGGCACGCGCCUCAGUUUUUGAAGAAAUGUACCAAGCAGGGCGUGCCGAUCUAUUGUCUUGGGAUUACGAUGGUCUUCCCGCUUCUGUCGCUGCUCCAGCUGUCUAAUGGGUCCAACCAGGUGCUGACAUGGCUGGUCAACAUCGUCACCGCCGGCGGCGUAAUCGACUACAUUGUAAUCUGCACAACCUACCUCUUCUUCUACCGCGCAUGCAAAGCACAGGGGGUCAACCGACGCGAACUGCCCUACUAUGGCUACUUCCAGCCCUGGAGCACAGUCUUCGCGCUGUGCUGGAUGAUCUGCGUCGUCACCUGCUACGGAUACGCCACGUUCCUGCCGGGCAACUGGAACGUCGGCACGUUCUUCACCUACUACGCCAUGGUGUUCCUGGCCAUCCUGACCUUCAGCGGGUGGAAGAUUUUCAAGCGGACGAAGUUCAUUAAGCCGCACGAGGCGGAUCUGGUCUGGGAUCGGCCGGCGAUUGAGCGGUAUGAGCUCACGACGCUGGAUAAGGAUAUUGGGUUCUGGAAUGAGAUGUUGCUGCUUGUGGGGAUUAAGAGGAGCAAGGUGGACGAGGCGGAGAGGAGUCCGGAGAGUCUGUAA